CAACCCGCAGUCACACACAACCGAGGGGGACUUCCUUUCACACAGACGCAUACCUACUUGUUCUCUUGGAGGCUGUGUACAUUAUUUCCUUGAAUCGCAAUCUUUUUUAAUAUGAGCUUCAGCACCGUCUGUACACUCUUUGGACUAGCUCACUGUUAGUGGUUUUCCGUGACAGUGGAAGAAGUCGUGACUCACGGUUGAGUUUAGUUUAAACAUCAGUUUGGACAUUUUGUUUUCCUUUUCCUCGGAAAAAAAAAAAAAAGAGAAGGAGACAUGCCUGAGGACGCUGGGACAGCCAAGCCUGGAGGCGUCAUCGCCUAUAUUUCCUCUGGCUCCGCCUCCAGCCCAGAGUCCUGUAUGAGCACCAGCUCCAGCAGCAGCAGCAGCUACCUGUCGACAUCGCCCACGCCGCCCCGCCCCUCGUUGCCUAGCAGGGCCGUGGGCAUGGUGGUGGAUAUCUGUCCGCCGUUCAAGAACGGCCAGCGUGGACACGGCGUGGAGAAGGCAGGUCGCUCCUCCACGUCCGCCAAGAGCAGCAUCACAAAAAUCAACGGCAUGGUGUUGUUGUGCAAGGUGUGCGGGGACGUGGCCUCGGGCUUCCACUAUGGCGUCCAUGCUUGUGAGGGCUGCAAGGGCUUCUUCAGGAGAAGCAUCCAGCAGAACAUCCAGUACAAAAAGUGUCUUAAGAUGGAGAACUGCACCAUCAUGAGGAUCAACAGGAACCGCUGCCAGCAGUGUCGCUUCAAGAAGUGUUUGGCUGUCGGCAUGUCCAGAGACGCUGUCAGAUUUGGACGUAUCCCAAAACGGGAGAAGCAGAGGAUGCUGCUUGAGAUGCAGAAUGCUAUGAACAACAUGAUGAGUAACAACAGCCAGCUGCACAGCAUGCUGCAUGGUCACCAGAGCCCCUCGCUGCCCAUGGAGGCCAUGACCAGCGACUCCAGCUCCUCUAGCUCCUCUUCCUCCUGCUCUGCUUCCGAUUCCCCCUCAAGCUCAAGCCCCUCCUCCCCUCAGUGCCCCCAGGACUCAGAAUCUGUCGUUUCCAUGGACACCAACUCCAGCUCUGCCUCGUCCUGCGGGUCAGACAGCGGCGAGGAUGAAUCGGUUGUCACUGUGAACAGGCGGCACCAAAAUGCCUUUGCGUAUAAGCAGGAGAGGUCACUGAGGCAGGACCAGGCCUCACCGUCGCCAGUCGCCCUGGAGACGGGAUGCGAGAGCCGCAUGGAGGAGCAGCAGGAGAGCUGGAACAGCUGGAACAACAGUGCGGCCGGGAGAGGUUUCCAGCAUUGCUCAUACAGCAAUAGCCAACACGUCACCAACUCUGUUUACAGGGAGGAGAGUGAAGUCUACCAGCAGCAGCCUCAGCAGCAGCUCAACAGCACCCCUAGCUGUGAGCCAUCAGAAGACAGCCAAUUUAACACACAAACUGCCUCCAGUGGUUACAAUGGACCAACACACUGUGUCAACAACAGGGCACACUUGGUCUGUCCCAUGAACACAUCCCCCUACGUGGACCCCACCAAGCCGAGCCAGGAGAUCUGGGAGGAGUUCUCCAUGAGCUUCACCCCCGCUGUGCGGGAGGUCGUCGACUUCGCCAAGAGGAUCCCGGGCUUCCGUGACCUCUCAGAGCACGACCAAGUCAGCCUGCUGAAAGCUGGAACUUUCGAGGUGCUGAUGGUCCGAUUCGCCUCUCUGUUCAACAUGGUCGAGCGGACGGUGACCUUCCUUAGUGGCAAACGUUACAACCUCAAUACGCUACGGUCGCUGGGUGCUGGCGAGCUGCUCAACUCCAUGUGCGAGUUCAGCGAGAAACUGGCCGGGCUGCGUCUCGACUCGGACGAAAUGAGCCUCUUCACGGCCGUGGUGCUCGUCUCAGCCGACCGCUCAGGUAUCCAGGACUUGAACUCAGUGGAGGCCCUGCAGGACAAACUGAUCCGCGGCCUGCGAAACCUUGUGAUGCAGAACCACGGCGAGGAGUCGGCCACCACUUUCACCAAGCUGCUGCUCAAGCUGCCAGAGCUGCGUUCACUCAACAACAUGCACUCAGAGGAACUGCUCUCCUUCAAGGUUCACCCAUGAAAGCUUCCUGAGGGGAGGAACCAUCGCUGCCCUCCACCCUGAUCCACAAACCUCCACCAGGACCUGCCUCUUACUUACCCCCUCGUUAUUCGACCAACCCCUUACUUGUGUCUCAUUUUUUUUUUAGAAUGUAUUAAAAGUUAUUUUUUAUCUAUUUUUGUUAAGUUGACCACGUGGGGUCUGAGAGGUGAAGAAUAUAAAACGUACUGUAUUUAUAGAAGAGAUAGCUUAAGCUUGUUGCACACAUGCUAGUGCGCGUGUCUGAGAGUCUCUGAAGUCUAUGUUCAAGGCGCGUUUCUGUUCGCGAGUGAAACAAGAGUACUUAACUGGCUUCAGGAAAACUUAAAGUGGAGGAUCCAUUUAAUUCCAAAGUGUGUUCUCUGCUGAGCGGGUGAAUGCGAGAGACGAUACAGAACGUACACACCACAUGUCCGUUUGGUCCAAUGUUCUGACCGAGAAGUGGCUAUCAGAAAACGUCUCUCUGAAUGUGUGACGGUCGCUGCUAAUGCAUGGCUGUACUCAAUGCGAAUAUGUUUUACUUGGAUCUUCUCCCCUUGCCUCAGAAAGCAUCAGUUCAUUGUGUUUUUUUUAGGCGUGUACAAAGUGUUGUAUCUUUUCUUUUUAUUUAAUACAUUUGUUGUUCGUUUUUUUUUGAACAUGCAAACUGCCUGCACACUGUCUGGUGAUUUCUGGGGGAGUCGAUGACGCCAUUUUUCAGCAACACUACAUUUGCACGUGUUCUGGAGCGGGGAAAAAACCAAGUAACGCAAAAUCUGCUCAAACGUGCAACGCCACAUCAUGUAAAGGCUACAUGUUAUCUUAGUCACGCCGCAGUGUUUGCCCACUUUUCACUUUCUAUGACUUUGAUUUUGUUAUUUUUUAUUUUUAUGAAACUUUGAUGUCGGCAUAGCACUGAAUUUGAAACUUGUUUUUUUUUGUUAUCAAAUUUGUUGAAAAACAUGUUUCUUUGACUGGCAACACUGCCACAUGUAAAUAACUCUAUAAAUAUAUAUAAAUAUCUGAUGGACAUAGAAUAUAUAUAUAGUAUGAAUAAAUACAAAUUAAGCAUA